AUGGCAACAGCAAAAAGCAGAACACAAUGUUCUAUUUGUAAUAAACAAAAAAACACAUACAACUGUUACGGAUGUUCAAAAGAUUUUUGUUCUCAACAUUUAACAGAACAUCGACAACUUCUUGCCGAACAAUUAGAUGAAAUUAUCGAUGAUCAUGAUCAAUUUCAACAAACAAUUAUUCAACAGAAACAAAAUCCAAUAGAUUCUUCUCUAAUCGAACAAAUUAAUGAAUGGGAAAAAAAUUCAAUUACGAAAGUUCAACAGAUAGCGCAAGAAUGUCGAAACACACUGAUGAAAUGGACACAAAAGUCAAUCAAUGAUGUUGAAGAAAAGUUUAUUAAUUUAUCUGAAAAAUUAAAAGAAAUUCGUAAAGAAAAUGAAUUUAAUGAAAUUGAUUUAAAACAUUUUCAAUUAAAACUAACACAAAUUACACAAGAACUUUUUCAACCAGUGAAUAUUUCUAUUCAUCAUGAUCCACAAGAAAUCAUCAAGAAAAUUUCAAUUAUUUCAUUAUCUAAACGAGACAGAUUCAAACUCAACAAAUGGAACCAACGCGGAAUCGUCAUUGCGGGAAGUAAUCAACAAGGAGAUCAAUUAAAUCAACUCUCUGCUCCGGAAGGAAUCUUUAUUGAUAAUCACAACAAUAUUUGUAUUGCUGAUUGUGAUAAUCAUCGUAUUGUUGAAUGGAAAUAUCAUUCGAACAAAGGACAAAUCAUUGCUGGCAACAAUGGAAGAGGCAACAGAAAUGAUCAAUUAUCUUAUCCAAUAAAUGUAAUUGUUGAUAAAGAAAAUAAUUCGCUGAUUAUUUCUGAUUAUGAAAACAAACGAGUAAUACGAUUGUUUCGUCGAAAUCCAACAAAACAACAAAUUCUCAUUUCUCACAUUUAUUGUUGGGGUUUGGCAAUAGAUAAACAUGGAUUUAUUUAUGUUUCUGAUUGGAAGAAGAACGAAGUGAGAAGAUGGAAAGAAGGAGACGAACGGGGAACAAUUGUGGCAGGUGGAAAUGGAAGAGGAAAUGAUGUCAAUCAACUCAAUCGUCCUACUUAUAUCUUUGUCGAUAAACACGAUUCUCUUUAUAUAUCAGAUUCUUUGAAUAAUCGUGUAAUGAAAUGGAAAAAAAAUGCAAAAGAAGGAACUGUUGUUGCUGGCGGAAAUGGAAAAGGGGAUAGUCUGAAACAAUUAUCUUAUCCUUGCGGAGUAACUGUUGAUCAUCUAGGUCGAAUCUAUGUAGUAGAUAAUGAAAAUCACCGAGUGAUGUGCUGGUGUAAAGGAGACGCAGAAGGUAAAAUUAUCGUUGGUGGAAAUGGUGAAGGCAAAAAAUCAAACCAAUUAUCUUAUCCCACUGGUUUGUCAUUUGAUGAAGAAGAGAAUCUUUAUGUUGUUGAUUGGGGAAACAAUCGAGUUUUAAAGCAUGAGAAAAUCUGUUGA